GAGCCUAGUCUCCACCGGAAAAUCUUGGAGGGAUCCCAAAUUCAACGUCAUAGGUAUCUAUAUAUUCACCGGUCCAAAAAAAAAAUUUAAAGUGAAUGAAUAAAAAGUGACCAAAUAGUCUUGAUCGUUUUCAAAGCAUGACAAAAAAAAAUUAUAAAACCCACGUCCUAGUGAUAAAACAAAAUUGGUUUUUGUUGACCGUUUAAUGCGGUGUCGCGGGUCGACAGACCAUUAAUAGUAUCUAUGGCACUGGCACACAUACCACGGCGGCCGUCAAGCACCUUACCAUAUUGUUGUUAUUAUUAUUUUAUUAUCGCAAAUCCAGAGUUUGUUGGAAGUUAUCAGUUGUAGUUCUCAAUUUCUGAUUGGACAACGUGUACUGCCGCGGUAUACGCGAUUUUUCGUAAAUACCUACAACAAUAAUAAUAUAAAUUUGCCAAUACUCGCGCGUUCGUUCGUACCUACUUUGUUUAUUAGUCGUAUAUUUUUCGCGUGACUAACAGUACUACACAACGAUAUUAUUAUUGCUCCCAACGAUAUUUCAUUGCAAGAAAACAAACAUUAUGUUUCAUUUGAACGGGUCGAGAUUUGUGCUCCUGCUACUGCUAGUAGUGUUUGGCUCUUUAGGUAUUUUUUUGUAUUUGGAUUCGCUACAUCCCAGGUGGACCCGGGAUGUUUAUAAAUUUCAGGACUUGGUUCGAGAACGACCUGCGGACGAUGAACAGACAACGUACAAACCUAUGGUGAACAAGACAAAAGAGUUUGUGCCGACUCACGAAUGGCAAACCAUUGAAAAAGAUCAAGCUAUUCCCGCAGGAUUACACGUGAAACUGAAUCUCGAGACUGGCGAAAAGCAAGCUAAACUUAUUGACGACAAUAAAAACGAUCAGUCGACGAGUGCAAACAACUUGGCCAUAGUAGCACAAAAUGAAACUGAAGUAACAAAAGCCACAACAGGUGUUCCGAAGGCUUCGAGCAGAUUUAGAUCUUACGAUGAAAUUAAAAAAGACCUCAAAGAUAUAAAUUUGACCGUAAAAACUGAUAUGGAGAUAAUGAAUGGACUGUCCAUGAAGUUCAAAGAACACAUGGAAACUUUCAACACUAAUGAAAAUCAACUUGUAAAUAUUUUAACCGAUCUGGAGUAUCUUGUUCAUCAAGUCGACACGGCCGAAGUUUUUAUUAAAGAAAACGGACUAAAAACCAUUAUUCUGCCUUGCAUCAAUAGUAGUGCAAACAGUUUAAAAGCGCACGGUGCUCAACUUCUGGGUUCUGCAGCUUCAAAUAAUCCAAAAGUUCAAAUCGCAGCAUUAGAAGCUCAAGCAAUACCUAUUUUAUUAAAACACAUCGAAGACGACAAUGAGUUUUUGGUUCGAGCAAAUUGUUUGUACGCGUUAUCGAACAUUAUUAGGCGUUUUCCUUUAGCUCAAGAAGAGUUCAUAAAAAGUAAAGGUUUACCGAUGCUCAUGUCGCUUUUCCAAAGGACUAAUACACAAAACAAUAUGAAGCUUAGGUUAAAAGUAGUGCGACUUUUGGAAGACCUAGUUAUCGAACGAGAAGAUGCCGAGUUGACCUUACAGGAAGAAACCAACGAGAAGUUGAGUUCAUUGGCCAAAGAAAGGGUUCGGCAAUAUAAACAUUUAGAUUUAAAAGCCAAACUCGUUAGUAAUAAAUGGUGUCAAACUUUGGGUAAUGUAUUCAUUCAGACGUCCGAUGAUCCCGAUACCGAAGAGAGCCAUGAGUUUGUCGAAGCUGCCGGAAAGUCUUUGCUGGCAAUGGAAAAAUCGUGCAAACUAGAAUUACAAGGAAACAAGGAAUUUUCCGCUUCAUUGAAUAAACUGUACAUUUUCUAUAAAAAACUAUAUUCAAAAGAUACUUUUUUCAAACCGUUGUACACGAUCAUUAAUCAACUGACCAACAUCUAUGACCCCGUUACAGAGUAAAUGUGCGAAAGUCUUGAUUUUAUUACAAAUUAAGAAACCUAUUAUGAUCUUUAAAAUUCCUAAUUGUUAACUAAAAAUUGCGUUAUGUAUACUACUAAGUUGUGUUGUGUUUUGAAUUGCAGCAGUCUAUUUAAUGGUUCCAUAAAAUAGCGUGCCAUUAUUUGUAUUUUUAAUAACAUUAUGUUGUUGUUGUUGUUGUUAAUGUUUUAACAUACGGAUUAAACCUGUUUUAUCUAAUCUGUGGUAUUAUUAUAUAAGGUAUUAAAGUUAACAUAAUAAUAUAUAUAUAUAUAUAUAUAUUUAUAAUAUGUUAGAGUAAUAAGAAAAUCCAUAAAAGGUAUAAACCGUUGUCAUUUUCG